CCUCCCUCGCGACACCCGGUGGUCUACUUCUCUUUCCUUUGCUACUGGUAUUCCAUCAUUUCUUUUCUGACUUUCUUUACUGAACUACGAGAAACAUGGACCCAUUCGAAGCAAAACUCGUCGCAGCGGCCGCUGGCUCCACCUUGACUGCUCUUACCAUGACCCCAUUUGACGUCGUAAAGACACGACUACAAACACAACGUCCGAGCACACAAGGUCUGCUCCCAAAGCUUCCUCCUCCAAACGUCUGCUGUCAACCGGCCAACACACCCUGCGUACGCGGAGUUCCAGUCAGAAAUGGUCUCAACGUCCGAAACAUGUCUUCCCUCGCCGCCGCACGGUCAAUACCAGGUGAAGUCGUGUGUAUAUGGGACCAUGGGAUGCUCAGAACAGAACGUGUGAAUGGCUUUGCCGAUGCCGUUCGCCAUGUCUGGAGGGCGGAGGGGCUCAAAGGCCUCUGGAAGGGCGCAGGGACAACACUAGUCAUCGGCGUCCCAGCGUCAACGAGUUACAUGCUGACCUAUGAUUACCUCCACCGCCAAAUCCUCCCACUAAUCAUCCCCUCCCCCACCCUCGUCCCUCUCACAGCCGGCAUCCUCGCCCGCUCCCUCGUCGCCGCCAUAACCUCCCCCCUCGAACUCAUCCGCACAAACCUCCAAUCGACGCCCCUCCACUCCGACAACCCCCACACCCUCCGCUCCGUCCUCGCCUCCGUCCGCGAACUCGCACGCACCCAGGGUUUCCACCACCUCUGGCGUGGGCUCGGUCCCACGCUAUGGCGCGACGUUCCGUUCAGCGGGAUGUAUUGGGCGACGUACGAGGGCUUGAAGUCGCAGUUUGAGAGAAGAGGAAGGACGGGCGCGGGCGUGGCGUUUGCGUGUGGGGCGUUGAGUGGGUCGACGGCGGCGUUGAUUACGAGUCCGUUUGAUGUGCUUAAGACGAGGAGACAGGCGUUAGUGAUGAGUGCGCCGACGGGGGAGGCGACACGGACGAUACCGCUUGCGUUGCAGAUCUUGAGGAAUGAGGGGCUUUCGGCGUUGUUUGCUGGCUUGAGUCCGAGGAUGGCGAAGAUUGCACCGGCAUGUGGUAUUAUGAUUGCUUCCUUUGAGGGUAUUGGGCAUCUUCUGCUCAAAAAGGAGGACGAGACGACAUCAUAGAGGAUAUAGAUCUAGCAUACGACACCCCACUCAUACUCUUCCAUUACCCAUGCAUUAAUAUCAGGACCCAUUCAAUGCUACAUACAU